UCACUGCCUCCCGGUCCGCGCUUAGAAUGUUUGUGUAGUAAAAGAUAAAAUCGGCUUAGUCCACGUACGUUUUUUGGGUGGUUCUAAUUAAAUUAGUAGUGAGUUGGAAGAACGGAGCAUUUUGGAUUUGGAUUGGGAUCUGGAUUUUUAAAACUUUUAAUGCAUAAAGUAUAAAAUGAGCGGUAUUACGAUAGCUUUGUGUGGCUUCAUUGCCAUGUGUACGUAUCUGGUAACAGUGCGAAUGAUUCCACGAUUCAAAGAUAUGUUUAUCAAGGCCAAUUUGUAUGGCAACGAUCUUUGCAAGCGGGAUCAGCCACAAGUCCCAGAGUCCUUUGGUGUAUUAAUUGGCUGCGCUUUCCUGGUGGCUACGUUUUUCUUCAUACCGAUUCCAUUUACUUUCGAGGAGGCGGCAUUACUCGACGUAAAAACAGGCACAAAGCCUUCCACUUUUCCACACGAGGAGUUUGCCGAAAUGAUAGCAGCGCUAUUGUCCAUCUGCUGUAUGAUUCUUCUUGGUUUCGCUGAUGAUGUAUUAGAUUUGCGUUGGCGGCACAAGUUGAUGCUGCCCACUAUCGCCACUCUGCCAAUACUUAUGGUUUAUUAUGUGAAUUACAAUAUAACAACUGUAAUUAUGCCAAAAAUUGCUAGACCACUGUUGGGUUAUUCUUUGGAUAUUGGUAUUUUCUAUUACAUCUAUAUGGGCAUGCUAGCCGUUUUCUGCACGAAUGCAAUUAAUAUCUUGGCGGGUAUAAAUGGCUUAGAGGUUGGCCAAUCUAUUGUUAUCAGUGCAUCCGUUUUAUGUUACAACUUUAUCGAAUUGUUGCUUGGACACCAGGUGGAUUGCCAUAAGUUCUCUGUUUAUUUAAUGUUACCAUUUUUGGCAGUUUCCUUGGCGCUAUGGAAGUACAAUAAAUAUCCAUCACAAGUAUUUGUCGGCGAUACGUAUUGCUACUUUGCGGGCAUGACCUUUGCCGUCGUCGGUAUACUGGGACACUUUAGCAAAACCUUAUUGCUGCUCUUCAUACCACAAAUUCUAAACUUUUUAUACUCGGUGCCACAACUAUUUCACUUCGUGCCAUGUCCUCGGCAUCGUUUACCCAAAUACGACUGCAAGACCGACCUUCUUCACAUAAGCACAACGGAAUUUCAUCCGAAAGAUUUAAACCCGUUGGGAUUGCUAAUGGUGCGAGUGUUCAAAGCAUUGAAGCUGAUCUCUUGGCAGGAGCAGAACGAUGGUCGAGUGGUUACCAAUAAUUUUACGCUAAUCAAUUUCGUUUUGGUUGUCUUUGGUCCGGUACACGAGAAGGUCGUUACUCAGUUUUUGAUGGGUCUACAAAUCAUGUGUACGUUAAUGGCAAUGAUUAUACGCUAUCCCUUGGCCAGUUACUUCUAUGAUACCUAAGUAUAGGAUAACCGUUCCUUGAUCGAUAUAUACAUAUGUAUGUAUGUACAUAUGGAUCAUUUUGUAAUGUUGAAACCAAAAAUAUGUGUAAGUUUGAAGAUAUAGAAAUUUUAUAAAAUAGUAUAUAUUUAAGUCUGAUUGUAAAUAAAGAAUUCUGUGAAGAAAGUGCAUUAAGCAAUAAA